AUGGAAGUGAAAGAAUUUGCGGAAUUUCUGAAGAGUGCAGGACCCCACCUUGUUGUGGUGAACUUUACAGCAAAAUGGUGUGGGCCUUGCAAAAUUGUUCGUCCUUUUCUUCAUGAAUUGGCUGUUCGAUACGAAAAUGUCCUAUUCUGUAUCGUUGAUGUAGACUCGGCAGAAGAUGUAGCUGUCCUCUGCAAUAUUGUUGUUGUGCCAACAUUUCAGUUCUUCAUGAAAGGAGACAAGAUUUUUGAAGUAACUGGGGCUAAUAAAAAAAAGCUUGAAGAGAAGAUUGAAGAAUUUAUGUAA